UGACGUCAAGCAUUAUUCUCGCGGUACAACGUCCUACUUCACUCCUCCAUUUUAUAAUGGCGAAUUACUUUCGCUUUGACUUGAAGGAUCGAAGGCAUUUGUGAUUUUCUCGCAAUGGCAGAGUUGAUUUUGCGUGAAAAGGCGAUCAUCGUAAAAACUUACCAACCACAAGAACUAGAUCAACUGAUCAUAUACUUCCAAAGCCACCACCAAAGCGAUGGGGGCGAUGUUAAUGAACAGCAGUCUCGAGUUUCGGAAUGUGAUUCAGGCACAGCAAUCAUUUGUUUUGAAGAGAAGGAAACUGCAAGGAGAGUGUUAGCAAAGCAGGACCAUCAUUUUGUUGGUGUGAGUGGCAUCCCAUGUCAACUAACUGUGGAGCCAUAUGCAGGAUCCAAGUACUCACCAGCUGGUGAGGGUUUAAAGUCUAAUAAAGAGCAGAUCAUGCCAGGAGCUCCUGAUGCCAGGGAGGGAGCAACUGCCAGUCCCAGUCAGCAGUUACCAGACCCAGAAACAGCAGACACACAAGCAGAGAAUGCUAGCACAGUAGCUGACAACAAAACAUCUUCACUCAAGGAAACCCUUGACAAGCCUGAGAUGCAACCACCCUCACAGCCAGAUGAAAUGUUUCAACUCCAUCAGCCUCCAAUUCAGGUCCCAGGUCAACCUCGGUACCAUGAUAUUGAUAGUGCUAAUUCAUAUGCAGCUCAGCAGUCACCUGAGCAUAAGAACACUUCUGAAAGAUCUGUCACUGCAGAAGCCACCGGCAUGCAAACCAACAGGAUUAGUGGUCAUGUACCAACAGAGCAGCCACCACUGCCUACAGGAAGUACUUCUGAGACUCUUAAAACAACCAACGACAGUCCAGUCAAUGUUGCAUACCAGGGAGCAAGCUAUCCCCCACCCACAUCCAGUGCAUACAUCCCAUAUGGCUAUGGAGCAGUGCCCCCAUAUCCUGCUCAGCCGUUUUACCCAUACCAUCAGAUCAUGCCAGGAGCUCCUGAUGCCAGGGAGGGAGCAACUGCCAGUCCCAGUCAGCAGUUACCAGACCCAGAAACAGCAGACACACAAGCAGAGAAUGCUAGCACAGUAGCUGACAAUAAACCAUCUUCACCCAAGGAAACCCUUGAUAAGCCUGAGAUGCAACCACCCUCACAGGAAGGUGAAAUGUUUCAACAUCAGCAGCCUCCAAUUCAGGUCCCAGGUCAACCUCAGUACCGUAAUACUGAUAGUGCUAAAUCACAUGCAGCUCAGCAGUCACCUGAGCAUAAGAACAUAUCUGAAAGAUCAAUCACUGCAGAAGCCAUCGACAUGCAAACCAACAGGAGUUAUGGUCAUACAUCAACAGAGCAGCCACCACUGCCUACAGGAAGUACUUCUGCGACUCUUAAAGCAACCAGCGACAGUCCAGGCAAUGUUGUAAACCAGGGAGCAAGCUAUCCCCCACCCACAUCUAGUGCAUAUGUGCCAUAUGGCUAUGGAGCAGUGCACCCAGAAAGCACAGGAAAAACAUCAAAUCAUAAUGAAGUUUAUGGAGGAUAUCCUCCUCAGCAGUUUUACCCAUACCAUCAACCUAUGCCUGGAGUGCCACCUGGUUAUCCCUACAUCAGUGGAGUUUGGUAUCAGAUCCCUCAACAUAAUGAUGUGCAGUCACAACAAAGCAUACCACCUGGCCCACAGUAUGGCCAACAUAUGCUCCAAGAUCAUCAGAAUGCUGCCCAUAUGUACAGUCAUAUGCAACACAGUGGCCAAGGGUUUAGUCCCUAUAUGGUGCAACCAACAGGAAAUCACCCAGGCAAACAGAAUAACCCACACAUGGUCCAACAACAACAAAACAUAGGUUUCCGUAAUAGCCAGCAUCCCUCUCAAGAAGCACAACAUUUUGGAUUUCAUGGUGCUGGACAUUCUCCUAGGCAGCCACAACACCCCACAGAUCCUGGUUUCAUUUACAGCAGGCAUUAUACCCAGCAACAGCAGAAUUCUGGUUCUCCUGAAAACAAAUCAUUCACUCAGAAACCACCACAUUUUGACUCCAAAGCUAUGCCUGAGCAACAACUAAACAAAGAUGUCCAUGAUAGCCAGCAUUCCUCUCAAGAAGCACAACAUUUUGGAUUUUAUGGCGUCGGACAUUCUCCCAGGCAGCCACAACACCCCGUAUAUCCGGGUUCCAUUUAUACCCAGCAACAGCAGAAUUCUCGUUCCUCUGAAAACCAUUCAUUCACUCAAAAACCACGGCAUUUUGACCCCCGAGCUAUGCCCGAGCAACUACAGGAUGUAAGGACCCCAAAUGCCCCCAUUGUGUCACCAAAACAAGAACAUACAUUGAGAACACCAACCCAGGGCCUUUUUGCUUCUGAAAACUCUGCUGUUGAAGAACCUACCAUGACAUCUGUAGAACAGUCCAGUGAAGCAGCCACAAGUCAGCAGUUAGGGGUGUUAGUUCAAGGCAUUGGGACAGACAUCAGUAAGGACCACUUGGAGAUGUAUUUUGAAAGCGAAAAGAGGAGUGAUGGUGGUCCAAUAGAAGACCUAGAUUACACACCUGGCACUGGCAAAGCUAUCAUCCAUUUCAAGGAUGCCAGUGUGGCUGAUAGGUUAGUUAAAAGAGGAACUGUUACCAUGAAGGAUUCAACUCUAACCAUCAGCUGGCUGCCAGAACUUAGUAAUGCAUGCACAGUCAUUGUAACUGGGAUCCAGCAUCACACAACUGAGGAUGCUUUAAGGUUAUACUUUGAAAAUGAAAAGCGUAGUGGUGCCCAAGGGUACAAGGAUUUGCAGUAUUCUGGAGGAAGUGGACAUGCUUUGGUCACAUUUGAAAGUUCGGAGGGUGCUGCCAACUUUGUGAAGGCAGGAACAGGGAAGUCACCAUUAGAUGGAGCCACUUUACAGAUUUCUUGGCCUACCACUGAGGAUACAGUUGCCACCAAUCAAACAUGGAAUGGUCGAGUCACUGUCCUGGUCUCUGGAAUCAAAACUACCACAAAAGAGGAGACAUUGAAGAUGUAUUUUGAGAGUCGGCGUCGAAGUGGAGGUGGUCCUGUGAAGAAAUUAGUAUACAAAGAAGGCAGUGGCCAGGCAGAAAUCACUUUUGAGGAAGCUGAGGAUGCUACCAGUGUUCUGGAAAAAUCUAAAGAAAUGACUCUCGUACUUGAGGGUGAGAAGUUGAAGGCUGUGUCAUCUUGUCCUUUACCCUUGAAUCCAAAGCUUCUGCUCUUUUCAAAUCUGGUUCAAUACAAACCAAACCUAAAAUCCACCUUGAUGUUGUACUUGGAAAAUAUCUCUGGGAUAGAUGGAAAAGACAUCACUCUUAUGUAUGGUGAAAGCCCAAGGGUCCUUUUGGUGAAAUUUUCAACAGAUAUUGAUUUUGCAUCAUUUAAAGAGAAAUGCAUGGAGAGAAGAGGAAAAGGCAGAGAUGGUAGUUUGGGUGAAUUCAACAUAGAGCCUGUCUCAUAUCCAACUGCUGUUCAAGCACAUGGUUUAAAAGGAACUACUACUGAAUCCAUCAUUCAACUGCACUUUGAGAAACUUGGGUGUAGUUGUAGAGUGAAUAUGGUUUCCAAAAACAGAACCAGAGUGGCUAUGAUUACUUUUGAUGAUUACAAAGUGGUGGACAAAAUAUGUGAAGCCUCUCCUUACACCAUUGAAGAAAAGAGGGUUGUAGUCAUCCCUUUUUAUCCUUGCUUGGGUGUCACUAAUCCACAAAAUACAGAUGUCCCAUAUUUGGCCAUUCCUCCACCAGAAGACUUCUAUGUUGAUCCACUGCUCAUUGAAUUUCUGCAGGCAGCUCCUCAACAUCAUAGAAAGCUGAAAGAUAUGCUACAGAAAUACUUUGGUGAUGUCAGUGAUGUUGUAAAGCAAGAAGCAGGUACCACAUCCUUGAUAGUGGAAUGCACCAUCAGUCCUAAUAUGGCCAAUGCAUUUUCUGAAAUGGAAGUUUGGAGUGCAAAGAUAUCAGAGGCAAUGAAACAGUUUCUCCAAAAUUAUGAUCAGCAGGAGAUUAAAGUCCCAAGUAACAUUGGAAGUGUAAUUUGGGAACGUGUAGAUGAAAUGGUUCAGUCUUACCCAGGAAGGUUAUUGUUUCACAAAGACGAAAAGAAUAUGUGCAUACAGGUAGUGGGAGAAAAGGGUGAUGUAUCAGGAGUCUUACAAAGGAUGUCAGAGACAAUUCAUUCUGUUCAAGAAGAUGCCCAUUCUGUGAGCAGCCAGGUCAAGAUGAAAGACUAUGCAGUAUAUUUUCUGGAGAAUGGCCCAUUUUUGCAGCAACUAGGAGAAAGUUGCCCAUUGUUACAAAUAGAGCCAGACUUUUCCAACAAAGUUGUCAAUUUAAAGGGACAUCCUGUCAAAGUGGAUGAAGCAAAAAUACAACUGUUUCAAUACAUGCAAGAGAUCAAAACAGAGCGGAUUGCAGUUACCAAUGCUGUCCUGGAUUUUUUGAGAAAAGAGAGUUGCUGCCAAUUUUUGCAGGAAGAGUUCGGGAAAAGAAGCCUCAAUGUGCACGUUAUGUGUGGCUCUAAUGAGGCAAACAUUUAUGCUUUGUCCAGUCAAGAGUCAGGUCAGUGUGAAAUACAGAAAGCUAUUGAAUUGAUACAACAGAAGAUUAAAGAGAAAAAAAUUUCAGUACAAGAAGGUGGUAGUGCUGUUAUCAGAGAAAGAAAAUGGCAAGAUAUGAAGGACCAGUUGAGUAGAGACUAUGAGGACUUGAUUGACAUACAGGUAUCUCCUCAAAAAAAGCAUCUGACUAUUGUUGCUUUGGCAGAUACAAUCAAUAAAAUUGAAAAUCAUGUCCAGUCAUUUUUACGUUGCCACAGUGUUGUAGAACAUUUUGAAGAAGUCGCUUACCCAAAAGCAAUUUACAUCCAGAAAUUCAAGAUGGAGGAGGUCAACAAAGUUGAGCGUGACCUAAGGUUUUCUGCAGUUGAUAUCAGCCUCAAAGUAUCAGAAACUGGUAAAUGUGGUUUCAGCAUUAAGGGGAAUCCAGAUGGUGUGGAGAAAGCUACAAAGACUGCAGUGGCUAUUAUAGAGACAAUUAAAAAAGAAACGUAUAAAAUCGAUCAGCCAGUGGUGGCACAGUUUUAUAGUGAUGAAAGAGGACAGAUCCUGUUGAAGAAUACUGCAGGCAGUAACAACUGCAUUGUUGAGAAAUCGGGUAGAAGAGGCCCAGGACAUGCUGGAAAAUGUGUCCCUCAAGAGUUCAACCAUCCGUCUGGUAUUGUGUUCAAAGUGUGCCAGGGAGAUCUCACCAAGUACCACACUGAUGCAGUUGUUAAUACUGCAAAUGAAAGACUUGCUUCUGGUGGUGGUUUGGAUGGUGCCAUUAAAAAAGCAGGUGGUGCUGCAAUUCAAAGAGAGUGUGAUGAUAUCAUGAAUAAACGGAGGACCAGUCUGGAUGCUGGAGAGGUUGAGGUAACAGGACCUGGAAAGCUUCCCUGCAAGCACAUCUUUCAUGCAGUAGGACCAAGGUGGAGGGGGGGAAGAUCUGGGGAAAGGGAAGCUCUUCAAAGGGCAGUGGAAAAUAUAUUGAAGAAGUGCAGUGAGGAAAGGGUUGAGUCUGUGGCUAUCCCUGCAAUCAGUGCUGGUAUAUUUGGUUAUCCUAAAGAAAAGGCCACUGAGACCAUGGUGAAAGCUGCGAGUGACUUGUGCUCAAGGUCAAAACCGGAUGGUCUGAAAGAAAUCCAUUUUGUAGAUAGAGGAGAAGACAUCAUCGAUCUGUUUGCAUCUGCUGUUGCCAAAAACCUGAAAGAUAGUGCUGCAGCUGGAGGCAAUAUUUCUGAAGAUGAAGAAGAUGGAUACUCCGUGAAUGACUUUGAAGUGAUUAAUUCAGGAGGUGGGGAUACUGAUGCCGACACUGAUGAGGAAAUAGAGAAGGAUAUGCAACAGAGUGACGGUGACUUCAUUCCUCUAGGUGGAAAGGAAGACAUGAUAAUGACCAAGGAACGGAUUAAAGUGACACUGAAGAAAGGCCAGCUUGCAGAAGAACAAGUGGAUGUUAUUGUAAACACUACACAGACAAAUCUUGACUUGAGCAAAGGAGCUUUGUCCAGGGCUCUGCUCGAAAAGGCAGGAGAAGAAUUGCAAUCUGAGCUUUCAAGGAAAAGACAAAUCAAGCAUGGAGAAAUAAUUUGCACUCAAGGCUACAAACUGCCCUGUCUUGAAGUCUAUCAUUGUGCUUGUGUUAAAUGGGAUGAGGGCAAGGGUGAUUCAGAAAAAGUUUUGAGAACCAUUGUAAGGGGCUGCUUAGAAAAUGCACAUAAAAGUGGUGACCAUAGUUCUAUUGCUUUCCCUUCUGUUGGCACUGGAGGCCUGGGUUUCCCUGCAGAGCUGGUUGCAGGGGCUUUGUUUGAUGAAGUGAAAGAAUUUGGCAUACGAAACCCCAAUACAAAGAUUAAAGAUGUUCGUUUGGUUGUUUUUGAGAGAGAUGUCCAGACAGUGCAUGAUUUUGAAGCUGAAAUGCAACGUUUGAAAGAUGGGGGUAAAACAAGAGAGCCAAAUGUCUCUAAAUCAUAUUUCUUUGGUUGGUUCUCAAAAUCACCAAGCAGAAAAGAUGAGGAAGGAGAUUCCAGUAAACCUGCUUCCAUAUUCAGCAACUUCAGUCAGAAUAGCAGAGGUUAUUGUCAAAUGAAGGUUGGAAAGAUAAAAGUUCAGGUUCAACAGGGUGACUUAACAAAAGAAGAUGUGGAUGUUGUCGUUAAUAGUACCAAUGACAAACUUAAUUUGGAUGCUGGUGGUGUUUCCAAGGCAAUCAAGAGAGCUGGAGGCAAAGAAGUAGAGGAUGCAUGUAAAAAAGCAGGCCAAACAACCGAUGGUUUUGCAGUCACAACAGCAGGAAGAAUGAAAUGUAAGAGUAUUAUACACAUGGAUGGGAGACAUUUCCAUCAAAACUGGAGGAAGGCUGUCUGUGGCUGCUUGGCUCUGGCAGAAAACAAGAAGUUCAAGACUGUAGCCAUGCCAGCUUUUGGAACUGGUGCAAUGCAUCACAGUCCCCAGGCAAUUGCAGAUAGCAUGCUGGAUGGUAUUGCAGACUUCUUUUCCCGACAUAAACCCAGAUUUGUGGAGCUAGUCCGCAUUACUCUCCACCAGGUGGAACUUCUUGAAGUGUUCCAAGAUUCUAUGAAGACAAAACUUAGUGGUAACAGUAGAAGGCAAGAGCAAAGUGAGAAAGGAGGCUCCAAGUUCCAGAGAAAAAGAACAAUGGCAUUGUCACUUGAUAUUUAUUACACAAGAAGAGAUGAUUUGAACAAUUUCAAAGAUGAAAUUAAAAAAUUGGCAGAAAAAGAGAUACUUACAAAGUCCAUUGAGAAUGAUAACAUUGGAAAACUUUCUGGAGACCAGAUGAAAAAGAUCACAGAUGUAGCUAAAGAUGCUGCUGUGGAGGUAAUUGAUGAGCGUUCUCGUAGCAAAGUAAUGAAGCUCAGAGGUAGACCUUCUGAUGUCCUUAAAGUCCAAGAUGUGGUGCAGAAGAUGCUUGAUGAAAUUGCAAAAAAACAAAACCAGAAAGUGAUUAAUGCUGCAAAAUUGAAAGACAUCCAGUGGACCUUCUUCUAUAAGGACAAAGAAUAUAGUUACGACCCAUUUAGAAAUGCAGAAAUUGAAGAAGCUUAUAAGAAAAAGAGACAGGAGUAUGAAUAUUCAGAAAAAGGAAGGAAAUUCAAGCUAGAUUUCAGUAACAUGCAAGUCUGCUGCCAAGGUGGAAAGAGUGAAGUUGUUACAAGAAAGGAUUUGAAAGCUAGUGGGAACUUUGCUCUGCCACGUCAUUGGAGUCCCAUGCCAAAAGAUACCAGUGUCAUUCUUGUUCCCCUGAACUCCUCCUCAGCAGAGUAUCAAGAGGUGGAAAAGAAAUUCAAGGCCACUGGGAGUGGAGUAUCUCCUCAGAAAAUUGAGCGCAUCCAGAAUCCAAAACUUUACCUGCCUUACAUAGCCAAGAGGGAGGAGAUGAAGAAGAGGUUACCUGGAAAAGUUAUUGAACACAUAUGCUAUCAUGGAACAGAUACCAACAGUACAAAGUUCAUCAACCAUAAUGGUUUCAACAGAAGUUACUGCGGAAAGAAUGGCACAGCAUUGGGAGCAGGCGUUUACUUUGCCACUGAUUCUCAAACUUCUAUUGGAUAUGCCAGAGGUGGGACAGGUGGAAGAAUCAUGUACCAAGCAAGAGUUCUCACUGGAGAUUAUACUGGGGGUAGUUCAUCAAUGCAGGUUGCUCCCAAGAAACCCGACAAUGUCACAGAUUAUGACUCUGUUGUGAACAAUACUGGCAGUCCGUCAGUUUUUGUCAUUUUUCAUGAUAGUCAGGCUUACCCUGAGUACCAAAUAACAUUUUGAACUAUUUUGUGAUAAUUCCAAAUUGUUCAGUCCAGUCAAGAUUAAAUUAAAUUUGAUGGAAUUUGCUUGGAGACAUCAGCACCAACAUUUUGCGCUAAAUAUUUGUUUAAUCAUUGAUUGCACAUAAAAGUUUGACAUGGUUGUGUGCAUGUCUCUAAAUUUUCUCCGAUUUUAACUCUAUGGCCUGCAAGUAAAAGCAGCUGUCCGAGCAAUGAAAUGGACAUCUGGAGUAGACCUAAAGAUAUAUUUUAAUGUUUAAGAACAACUUUCACAACAUUCUGUCAUACUAAGUUCGCUGAUAUGAGUGCAUGUCUGAAAUGUCGAUUUACUUAUUUAAUGUUCGUUUUUACUCUUGGAAAACUCCUGAAAGAAUCUUAGAUUAAGACAAGAAAAAUUCUUGCCAAUGAUUCAAACAAUUGUUAUUUCCCCAUACAAAUAUGAACCUUUUUCAACAUAUGAGGAAUGUGUGCAAAUCUUCAAUUAAAUGAUCAAAGAAAAAAUUGGCAGGAAUUUCAAUAUUAAAACCAUAAUUUCAUAUAUAAUAGGUCAGUGACAUUACAGUCAAAUUCAAAUAAAUAUUAUCAGUUCUUGCAUAAUCAUAAUAAGCAAGACAAUUGGUUUCUCAAAAUCAUUGGUUCACAAGAUUUUAAAUAUAAAUUCUUUUGUGAAAAGUAAUAAUUUCAAAGUUCUUUUAUGACCACCUAACAACAUUGUCCAUUUAUGUUGUUACAGUAAUGCCAAGCGUAAUCACCCAACAUAAUACAAUUACAGCUUUUUCUUGCUAAAUUUGUUACAAAUGUAUAUGUAUUGCCACCUGCUUUAAUUGUGGAAUAAAUUUCUUGAUCAACA